UCCGGGAGAGCAUGGCCGCAGGAGCCAGAGCGCUGACUUGUAUUGGUUCAUCCAGAUUGAUAACACAGCUUCUCGCGCUCUCUCGGUUGUGUGGCGGAGCCGCUCGUCAGGGGACAUUUAACCCGGAGAUUGUGCGUUUGCGCGAGGCUGAGUGCUUCGAUUUUCUGCGUGCAUUGCUGGAGCUGCUUGGAAAUCUGCGUGUUCAGUCGGAGCUGAAGCCGCUGGUUUGAGUCUUCUUCCUCUUCUUCUUUUUGGCUUCUUGGUGAUUCAAACCGAACAGGAGGAGAGACCCCGAGCUGAGAGGACAGCGGAGAUAAAGCGACUCUACAAAGACUGUAUCUCUACUCUCUUGAUCUCUGCUUUGAGGAACAUUUAGUCUCUGAUUUUUAUUUUUUCCUCUGCGUACGCAACGUUGCCAUCUCUCUGGGAAAUUCAGUGCGAGUUGGAGAAACUGUUCGCUGCGCUGCGCGGAGUUGAGUCGUGGCUCAGGCGUACAUAUUGUGGAUUUUCACUGUCCGUUACUACUUGAAGUAGAUCUGGUUCUCAUUCAAGCGAGUGAAGAGUGAGCUUUCGGCGCAGAUUAAACGAUCUGACUUAAAACGCGGACUGAACAGAAACCUCUCGUUUAAAGAAAGAAAGAAAGUCCAGCUUUAAUUUUGUUAGAAACACCGAAGAGAGAGCUGCAUCUGUGAGGAGAUAAAAAAAAAAAAAAGAGUGGACUCUCAGAGUUCCUCAUCCCUUCUCAUCACAAGAUUUCACCAACACAUCCAUCUGAAUCUUUAAACUCGAACCAGGAGGGACUGUAAUCAAUUUGGCCUCAUCGGAGUUCCAGAGCAAAUAUGCCGCAGGUGGAAAUGAUCAUCUUCCUCAUCCUCAUCAUUGGGAUGUGUGUGUACGGCCAGGACCCGGCUUCCAAGGUGGUGUCCGACCGCUACGCCGUCUACUGGAACCGGACCAACCCCAAGUUUUACCGGGGUGAUUACCACAUUGACGUCUGCAUAAACGACUACCUUGACGUCUACUGUCCACAUUACAUUGGUCCGGUCUCUGAUGAGCGGGCUGAGCGCUACAUCCUCUACAUGGUGAACUAUGACGGCUACAGCUCUUGUGACCACACCGCCAAGGGCUUCAAACGCUGGGAGUGCAACAGGCCUCUGUCACCGAACGGACCACUGAAAUUCUCUGAGAAGUUCCAGCUCUUCACUCCCUUCUCCUUAGGCUUCGAGUUCCGCCCUGGCAGAGAGUAUUAUUAUAUCUCAUCCAUCACUGAUGACAAAGGAAGAAGGAGCUGCCUUCGACUCAAAGUCUUCGUCAGGCCUCAGAACAAUUGUGUGAAAAACUCUGGGAGCUCACAGGAAGGGGUUGAGUUUGACGAGAACAGUCACAACUCCCUAGAACCCAGAGACGACAUCAGUCACGAGUCGCCCGAGCCGUCACGAAGGGAUGUGAACUCUGCUGGUCGGCGCCAGACUUCAGUCCUCCUGCUCAGCUUCGCUCUCAUACUCCUGGCUGCCAUCUUGUCUUUAUAGCGCCCAAUCUGAAGAAUCCCCCAGGAAUGGACUGUCCUGAUUGGACCACAGGCCGCCCUACCCUGCAACCCCUCCCCUCAAGGAGCACUUUUUAAAAAAAAAAAAGAAAAACACUGACAAUUUCUCUUGGCGAAAAGAGAGAGGAAGGGACUUUGACACUGAAGCCUUCGUUGAUUUUUGUGACUUUCGAAAACUAGUGUGAUUCUUGACUUUGCGGCCGGUGCUGAUGGUCGAGGCGCCCUGAGGUGAAAGAGGCGGAGUCUCUUACCUGUUUGCCUCGCUACUGUUCACAGUAUGCAGAUGUUAAACAUUUAUUUGCGUUAAAGACAAGCACACAUACAUGCUUUUAAACAUAUACAAACACAAGACACAAACAACACAAUCAGCACACUCUUUAGCUUGAAAGGCAAAGAAGCACAGCAGGAUCCCUCAAAGUUUACAGACUUUGAACAUUUUUUUGUGUUCAGGAACAUCACGUAAUCCCCGACAUGUAACAUGAUUAAAUCUCACGUCAAAGUAGAAGAGGUUUCAAAGAAGAUCUGGGAGUGACACAUCACACAUAAAAAAUAAAAAAAAACAGGAUGUUGUUGCUAGGAGACUGAUGCCAAGGGUAUGAGGGUAAGGGGCGAGACUUUGAUGACUUAACCUUUCUCUCAGGUUAAAAAGGAUGCAUGGUCUCAGACUGUGGAGGACCCUCGUUGAGAAUAAAAUAAGUAAAUUUAAAGAAGCACUCAUCUUUUAGUAUCGGGAUAGGGACGAUUUAAUGAUCGAUUAAUGUUUUUGUUUUUUAAUAAAUCACGUAAUUCAAUUGUAGCAGCCAACACGGGUGUACAGUAAAAUAUUUGAACGGAGCGUAGAAGUGGAUAUGGUAUUUUGCCAGGCAAAAUGUAUUUUCCUAUUUAUUGUGAAGUCCUCGUGUUUUUUUCUGUUCUGGUUUAGUCUGUAAGUACGGUAGAAAGGCAAUAAAAAAACACCCACACUUACCCAUCCAGUUAGCUCAUAUUACACACAGUUCAUUUGAUACAAUCAUACGAAAACACUGAGUACAGUUUAUGUAUCUGUCUGUCGCUGAAUUAAGUGAAUGGUUUUUAAUUGUUUUUAACAAAGUCCAGGAAGAAAAAAAAGUCUGAUGUGCUAUCAGGGUGUAGAAAUCAUAGAAUAUUUGUGUUUCAAAUUUGUUAUUAACGAAUGUCACAAAUGUAGUUUUACUAUUACACUAUUGCUUUUGUGAAUCACUGUCAUAACACAACUAUUGUAUAUAGAGGCAAAUUUCCUACAAAAGUUCAGGGAUGUGUCCAUGCCUAAUUUUAGUCUCUUUUUUAAUCAGGGGGUGUUACUCCUCCCCUGAAAAAGCAGCACAAGUUUUCUGUGGCUAAAGAUGUUUCAGUGAGACAGUGACCGAGUUACAGAGCAGGUGGUAGUAGUGUGUGUAUGUAGGGCAAGCGGGGGUUUGUGUGUGAUUCAGUUGCCCUCUUUGAUGCCGUGUAAAGUGGCGUCUGUACAGAAAAUACACCGGGGGCACCCUCCUACCAGUUAUUUCUGGAAUGAAAAAUCGACCACCGGGAGAGAUGGAAUAAACAGAACGAGGUGUCUUGUUCUCUUGGGGCAAACUGAAACUCUACCACUGGUGGACCUGAGAGGGAAAAGAGAAGGAGAGUGAGAUGUGAGGAUUUGUAGUGCUCCUGCUGAGAUCAAUAGUCGUGUUCUUCUCCAUUUUUUUUUGUUGCAAAGCAGGAACAUGUGGUAAACAUAUCCUUUCCACCCAUCACUCUCAGCAGCACAGAUACUUUCACGUUCACUCACUGCCAAAUGAAACCACAGCUGAAAAUGAACACCUGUAGUACCUGCUCAUUGGUCCAGUAUAAUAGAGUAUUAGGGCCACACUUGGGGGAAGAAAAAAAAAAAACAGAGAUUGAGAUUCAAGUUGUUAUUUUGAGGAAAAAAGUAAAUGCCAUGAGAAUAAAGUCAUCAUUUUGAAAAGAGUCAUAGUAGGAAAAAACUGUAACUGUACAUGUUUUGAAAAAAGAAAAAGCCAGGAUGUUGUGGGAGUAAAAUCAUAAUUUUACAAGAGGCAGUAUGUAAUGGGAAAAAAGUUACAAUAAUGAGAAAGUCAUAAUAUUAGUGUACAAGAAAAAAAUCAAAAAUAUAAUGACAAUAAAGUUCUAAUUUAACAGUAUGAGAAAAAAUUUAAUAAUUUUAUAAAUCAAAGUUUUCUCAAAAUAUUACAACGUUUCUCUUGAAUUCUCAGAUAUACAUACUAGUCAAAACACACAUCAUGGACACACUUUCAUUCAAGGGAAUGGAAGGUGUGUCCAACCUUUGACUUGUACUCUGUAUAUAUAUAUAUUUUCCCUUUAACUCUGUCCCUAGUACUCCGUCAUAGUACAGAGACUGCCCGUGUCAGAGAGGACCAUUUUUCAUACAUGACCCCCUUAAAGGAUCAAUCUAGUGAUUCAGUAUUGCACUUUCAUAAAGUUGGGGGAGUCACAAGAGACAGAUUUAAAAAAAGAAUGGUCAUUAUUGAAGCAGUAGAGGCUGAGAUAUCCUGACUAUAUGAAGUACAGGUUUAACCUUCGAAAACCCUGGAUCCUACAAUUCCCAUAAUGCAACUCAAUAAUGUCUUUUAAAGGACCGUAUCAGCCUGGUAAAUGCCCAUAUCUUUCAAACUCCCCCCUUCCAGUUUGUUACACAGACUUUUUGUUAUGAAGUUGUAGUCUUCAGUAACUCUGACAAUAUCAUCAGACUUUAGAAAGCUGCCUGCAGAGCCGCAGAAGACUUUAUAAAACUGUUCUCACAGGCUGAGUAGUUCUCUCUGUGGCGAAUAAACACAAGUUCAUGUGUAAAAUCUGUGCAAUGCCCCUUUAAAUAGUAAUUCAUGCUGUUAAUAUACAAAUAAUUUCUUCAAAUGACAGAAUUCUUGACUGAUACUUAUGUCAUUCAAAGGGAAUGAAUUAGUAGCAUUAUUAAUCCCUCGGUAUUCCUUCUAUGGAUUUUUCCUUAUGUCGCAUUAAUGAAUUCCUUUGAAUCACUAAAUUUGUAUAACAUAAUCUCAGAUUACUUCAUUUGCUCCCCUCCCUUCUCUAUUGUGGACAGCAGGUUAUCACCAUGUUGUGUUUCACAGACAAAAUCCUAAGAACAUUCAUGUAUCUCAGUGCGAAAUCAAACAAAUUACGACUCUGAGGGAGGGACUUAUCAAAAACCUUUUCCUCCUGACACCAACUGUACAGUACCAGCCUCUGUACAUUUGAGUUCAGUCCACUGUCACUGAAAUCAUCACCUCCAGCCACGCCACAAUGAGAAAAACCAAUCAGUUAGUUUUGUGGAUACUGUGUAUCCAACAAUUAGUCUGUUGUAACAUACAGUGUUAGAUACUUUCUCUUUUUUUCACACCUCUUUUGAAGGGCGAUUAGCAAGAAAAAAAAAGUCAACAUUUGAUAUAAAAAAAAUGCUUUAUUUCAUUUUAUAUGUCUUUUAUAUGAAACAGAAAAAAACAGGAUCAACAUUGCACCCUCUAUCUGUAAAUCUGUGCAGACGUGGCACAUAUCUAACAUGCAGUGUGGUCGGGUUACAAUCAUGAAUCAAAGGGCCUGAAGGAAGAACAGAUGGAUUUUUAAAGACAACGCUCUUGCUCAUUGUAUUGUUGCAUCCAAAGUGUCUUUAAGGUGCAGGAUGUUCUUGUAUUCGGUUUGUUUCAGUUAGCGGUCCUUCGCUAAUCUUCACCUCCAGCUGUUUCCGUGCCGAGCUGCGGUGAAGAUCGCCGUGACGACGGCGUCGCAGGAUUCAGGAGACGCGAUUGACUUUUAUCGGUGUUGAAGCUCGAUGUGUUUGUUUGUUGCAGCGGACAAAAGUCUGUUUUCCAUGUCGAAUUCUGAUGUUCUCAUGUCUUUUGAACAAACUGCUACGAGGAGGGCAGGUUCUAAGGAGUCUUCUUCUUCUUCUUCACCUGAUUUUGGUACCAUGUAGCCUGAAGCUAACACCACUGUGUCCCUGGUUUGCAGUGUCUGUUCUCCAUCCUUUGUAUCUUAAAAAAAAAAAAGAAAAAGAAAAAAAGGAUGUGUGCUUUUGUCAGUGCAUCUAGCAUUGGGAAGGUUUUUGUUACUUUAGCCACAACUGUGUUUUUUUCCCAAACUAGACAUGGAUGUGCCACAAAACUGCACAUUUCUUUUAACAUUGUAGUAACUGUACCUUGUGCCUAUAUGAGCCCCAUCCUCUCCUGUACUCAUCUAAACUAUUCUAAUGUCUGUUUUCCUGCUCAAUCCCUCACUAGAUUUUUCUACAAAAAGGCCAUUUGUUUGUAAAUACACGUGUUGGAGCAGCUAUGACUAACUAAAACAAA